AUGGAAAUAUCCCACGAUCCAAUUACAAGUGUUUAUCAAACAUCCGAUCAGUUCUGGUCUCGUGUGGCAUAUGCUUACGAGGCUGGGAAAAAUGCAAGUUGGAAUGAACGUACAAAAAAAUCCAUUCAUUGUCGAAUUCAAACUAUUGAAAAAGCAACAAAGAAAUUGCAUGCAUGUCUCAAACAAUGUGAAAGCAGACGUCCAAGUGGUGCUUCAAAUGAUGAUAUUUUUGAGCAAGCCAAAUUAAUGUUUGUGCAUGAUCCAAAAUACAAAGGAGGUUGGAAAUUCGAUCAUGUGUAGAAUAUUAUCAAGAAUUUUGAAAAGUUUAAUGACACAUCUGCUAAAAAAGUGUCAAAUUCUUGUGGUUUCGGAGAUACAAAUUCAGCCUCUGAUUCUGCUACACAAGAAUCUCUAGGUUUGUCCUCAUUUUCUUUGAAUUUAGAUGACAAAGAAGAUAUUAUUGGUGGAUCUUCAUUUAAAAGGCCAAUAAGAGUAAAGAAGUCUAAACUUAAAAGAAAAAAAGCUGAUCAAACAUCACUUGUUAUUAACACCUUGGAAGAAGGAAAUAAACAACUCUUGGAGCAGUUAAAGAAGACAAGCGCACAAAGAGAACAUCAUUUAGAAAUUCAAAGUAGGAAUUAUGCUUUGAAAAAACAAAAAGAAGAAAACAAAAUUUUAUUUUGUGAUGUGAAUUCCAUACAAGAUCCUAAAGUUCGUGCAUACAUAUAAUCCGAGCAAACUCGAAUUUUGUUGGAAAGGAGUGAAGAACAACAAGCUCAACAACCUCCUCAAACAUCUACUUCAUUUUGA